AUGACCAAGGACUAUCAAGCUGCGCUCUCGGGAACCAAGUUUGAUGACUUUGGGGGAGUACUGGCCAUCACAGCUGGAGUGACUGACCUUUCCUCCUUCUCCAAAGAUGAGGAAAAGAGAAAGUACUUCAAGGUUGAAAGAUCAUCCACGGCGCCUUCCGCUUCUACUUGGUCGUCGGAUGCUGUGAAGAGGCGCAAGGUUGAGCAUCAGGCCAACGAGGUGGUACGGGAGCGUGAUUGGGAGCUCAGACACCAUAUCAAGCGGCAUAAGCUCUGGGACUACACUGUCGCAUCGGGGACUCUCCAGCGAGAGAUACGGGAUGAUCUGAGCUGGGAGGGAGAAGGCAACCUAAAGGCCGCGGCUUGGGCUGGUGGCCUGGAAGCAAAGGGGGAGGUGCGGUUCGGAAACAAUCACAGAAGAAGCGGACAUCUGCCUUGCCUGUGGGUUGGUGGCCAAGAGCAAGGACUGGAGACAGCCGUGGCUUAUACGACCUGGGGGGCUCUGUAUAUAGCUGUGAACGAGGAGACCCCGGUUGGAAGCUACUUGCCAGUGGAUGACGACGGGAAACUCUCGUUUCGAGAAGACGUCGCUCUGGAUUCGCCGAGGCGACCAGUCAGGCACAUAGAGUCGACUCGUUGCCCCCACAUGAGUUCUAUCAUGUACCAUGAGGCUUCUCACCGAAUAAUACUAACCUCCAGACAGCCAGUAAAUCAUUUCGGCCUGCAUCUCUUCUCGCCGCCUCGAAGUCGUGGAACAGAAGGAGCCUGGAUUCUAGGAGAAGCCGCAAACCACCAGAACCUCUCCUUCUUCCGUCUCUGGGGCGACGGCCACGUCGGCCUCAACACCUGCAAACCCGCACCCCCUUCCCUCCCCCAUCUCAUCUGCGCCGUCGGCACCAGCUCCGGCCUCGUCAGCGUGUCAACCGACGAGUCCGUCUCCCUCCUCACAUCCCACAAUCCCUACAGGAGCAACCAGAGCCGCGGCCACACCCCCUACCACCAGCACACAAGGGACCCCCGCGACGUCUUCGACCUCGACUUCCACUCGACCAACCCAAACAUCCUCUUCUCGGGAGGCCGCCAGCCCCGCGUCUGGAUCAAAGACACGCGCACCCCGACCUCGGAGCCGUGCCGCCACAUCGCCCACCCUUCCUCCGCCGCCCGCCUGCGCGCCAUCUCGGAGAACCAGCUCCUCGUCUGCGGUCCCCAGAGCGCAAUGGCCAUCUACGACGUCCGCUUCUUCCCCACAUCGUCGCACGACGACAACGGCACCCCGCCGAGGAGGCCGCGCCCGGGCCCCUUGCUCAAGUUCCCCGAGUACGUCAACGGCGCGCACCUGGACGUCGGGUUCGACGUCUCGCGGGAGCUGGGAAUCGCCGCGGCGGCGCAGGACGACGGGACGGUGGGGUUGUUCUCCCUCGCCACCGGGAGGCGGCUGCCCUGCCCGGCGAUGGAGGCCCGUGGCAAGAUGGGCACGCCGAUCAAGUCGCUCAUGUUCCAGACGGUGCCGGGGGAGAACUCGCAGAGCCUGUUUGUGGGUGAGGGGUUGUGGCUGAGGAAGUACUCGUUCGGCACGCGGGAGCUGGAUGCUUGA